ACAUUACUAGAGAUAAAACGCUUUGAUUUUUUUGCCGAAUGGAUAGGUUGAGAGUCGGCAGGGCUUGGCAGCGAAGUGAAAGAGAAAGAGUAUAUAUUGUCACCAACCUUAGUAAGUGCAACGCACUGUUCCAGUACUCCAAAGAAGAGCAAAAGGAGCGUGAGCAAGACCAUACAAUGAUAUGUGGGCUUUUUUAAGUGCAGAUAUUCACAAGAAAAAUAAAUAACCGGACAUUAGAUUGUUUUGCCAAACAAAAACACCCGGAUUAUUUAUUAAAAAUGGAAUCCAAUGGACAGACGUUUUUCCUUUUUUGUUUUUUUUUUUUGGUUAAGUUAUUUGCAACCAAAAGCCUGAAUUCGUUUAAGUAGAAGGCAAGCAGUACAGUUCCUAGGGAUCAGAAAAAAAACAUUUCAUGUGCAAAAAAAAGAACGAAGUAACUGGAAUUCUUCAAAAGCAGUUAGAUAUUCGAAAAGGUUGUUGAAAAGACGUUAAAUAUCGUUUUCGUUUUCUUGCUGUGGUGUCAAAGUGUAUCAAUUUGUUUCUGGGAGAGGGCUACACCACCUUUGAAAAACAUUUUCAAAAAAACGUUACACAGGCUACGUAGACGGUUGUAACCUCUCGUAGUUCUUUACAGCUGACUUCCAGUCCAAACUAUGUCAUGGGAACGGAAAACCAAUUUGAUUCAAAUGAAAACGGAGUGAACAUCGAUGAAACGGCUGUAACCAUUCAUACAUUUUUGGAAAAGACCGGUUUAGAUGAAAAACCAAUUUUAGAGAAUGAAUCGGAUCACGAAAAAAUCGAUAGUUCUCUUCAGCAGCUUAAGCGAUACAAAGAGCAACUACUCAAGCGUCUUUGGCUGCUGACAAAAUUUCAGGAUCUAAAUGCUCUUUUUUCUGGCGAGGACACAUUCUCGGAAGCACAAUUGAAAGACUGGACUUCAUUUGUCGCGAAUAACGUAAAAGGAAAGUUUCAGCCGGAGACACUUAACGAAAUUGAACAAGAGCCAGCGCUGUCAACUCCUCAAUUGGAUGCGCUUGUGAAGAGGCAAGAAGAAGAUAUUGCUUCGACCGAACAAAUUCCGGAAGCUGUUGAGCAAAAAGUUUCGGAGACCCACGAAGCAUCCGCUGAAUCGAAGGAAACGACUGCUCCUGAAUUAAUGGCUGUAUCUGAAGUUGUACCUGAAACAAUCCCCACAGAAUCCGCCGAUGAAUCAGUAACAGCUCCGCAGCCUCAGAUUGUUGAACCCAAGCUUCCAGAAGUGAAGGAGAUUUCCGAGCAAACCUCAAUCGUCAUUGAAGGAAAAGCAAGUGAAGAAAUGCGGGACACCUCUGUGUCUAGUAAUUUGGAAUCACCGAAGACUGCUCAUCUUUCCCCUUCUCCUGUUUUGCCUGUUGAGCCUGAGCCAGAAGCUCUCCCUAAAGAGGCAUCACUCAUUAUUGAUGAUACUGCUCAUUCCCCCACCGUUACUGAAACGGAAAUUUCUCAGAAACCAGCAGCUAAGGAGGAAGUGGUAGCUAUAACGGAAACAGUUGAAAAGGCUUCCGCGGAACCCCAACCAGAAACUGUUGCUUCUACCUCAGUACCUAUUUCACCGAAGCAUGUAACUUCUGAAUCAGAGCAGGAAUCUGUGAAGAAAGAAGCAUCGCCUCAAGGAGAUUUUUUCCCGCCUCUUACUUUAAAAACGGAGGAGUCGACAGAAGGAACUGUGUAUACUGCCCCAGCCGUUGUUAAGAUUGAUGCAGUUCACUCGCCGCCAUCAACACAACCUCUCGAUAUUCCGCAAGAACAGCCUACCGAAAUAAGUGCUGCAGUGGAGGUUGAGAAAGAAAAGGUCACAGAGACUGUUCAAGCAACUGUAGAACCAGAACCAGAACCGGAGUCAAGUAUGCCUGUAGAACCCGUUACUGAGGAACAGUUGUCGGUACCAGAAACGCAGGUAGAAGAAACUCUUCGCCAGUUACCUCCUAGCGAACUUGAUCUCAGAGUCACGCUUCCUUCAACGUUAAUCGCACCGGAACCCGUCAUUAAUAGAACUCGAGACGGCUCGGUUGAAUCAUGGCUAUUACGAACAGAAAUGCAACCACUGCAGCCAUUAGUUGAACUCGCACACAAAUGUGUUCGAACUGAGCAGUGGAUGCACGUCAACAAAGAAAAUAUUCUUCGGCAUGUGCUCUUAAGAGUCAAAGCGUUGAAGGAUAAACAGCAAUGGUCGUUUUGUCAGCCAAUACGAGCGAAAUCUCUUCCUCGUAAAAAGUCACAUCAUGAUUUUUUAUUGGAAGAGAUGCAAUGGCUCUCCAUGGAUUUUUCACAAGAGCGACAGUGGAAAAUGGUAAUGGCAAAACGGCUUGCCUAUUGGGUCUUGGAUUAUCAUAAUGCUGAAGAUAAAAAAUCACUAUGUGUAAAGCGGAACUCACCAGCUUCUGCUUCCCUCAGUGAACCGUCAACUAGUAAGUCAUUAGACACAUCUAGUGAGGCUAUUACGGCUGAACCUGACAUCGCUGGCGAUGCGGUACGGCUUUUUGAGGCGGCAUCCUCAGAUGAACCUUUGGUUACCAUUUCAAACCCUCAAAUCAUGUUUGCUCUAAAUUCAGUUCCUUUAUACGCUCCCCCAGAUCCCUCUAAUGAUUCCUACAUUAAUACCGUCGACCAGUUUCCCUUCGUACCCCUCUCUCGCUUUUCCCUGGCAAAAACAAAACUAAAGUCGGAAUGCAAUUUGUUGCCUAGAAAACGGUCCCAGCAUUUGCCUGAACUUCAUUCGAAACAAUUUCGAGGAGAAGUUAUUGAGUCUGAAGAGUUCAACGAACAUAGGAGGAAGCGAAUACAUUUUAUUCUUACCAUUAGGCCGCCAUGCCCUCCUUUCAAACGUGACUCGUCGGAAGCCUCGUGGAGCCCGGAGGAGGACGAAUUGUUGCUUUCCUUACUAAACCGUUAUUCUUAUAACUGGGACUUUGUGUCUCGAUUGCUUACGCCAAGUGGUUUAUAUAUUACGGCUAAAGAGCGGCGGACAGCGUGGAGCUGCUUUGAGCGUUGGGUUCAGAUUGAUCCUCAAGCUGCAAACGCACAGCUCGUUGGCACCUAUGCUCGCUUGGCUCAACAGCGUCUUGAUGAAUUGACAUCAUCCAAUACAAACAGUGAACGACAUAUAAACAACGCAAUAAAGGAUUACCUCUCUGCCAACACAAAGGCAUCGUCUUUGCUUUUGCCUUCGGUUUCGAGAAAUUAUCAACAGUCAUUAAUCUUUGACGCAAUGAGAAAAGUUAUAAAAAAACGAGAGUUAGCAAAAAAGGCAGCAUUGUCAAGAAAAGUUAUAUCUCGGCCAAAGGCAAACACUGAAAAUCCACCACCAGUACCUUCUCCUUUGGAGUUGUCAAGGCUUAAGUCUGAACGUGAAGCACAAUUACAGCAAGUGCAGGCACAACGAAAUGCUGCUUUGCUAAUGCAGUACCAUGCUCAAGGUCGGACUCCUCAUCGUGGAAUGAGUUCUCCAACUGUUCCAUUGUCUCGGCAGCAAAUGCAACAGUUCUCAUCUUUGCAGUCAUCCGGCGGUGUUCCAAGACAAAAAAAUAUUAUGUCUGACGUUCCUUAGGAAUCAAUCAAUCUAACUUUAUUGAUAUAAAACACGUUGAGCAAGAGCAGAAAAGAAAUUUUUUAAUGAUGAUGGAGUAACUUCAGAUGCAGGCUUAUAUUGUUUGACGAACUCAGAACAACUUAAAUGUUUAUAUCUAUUCGUAUUUUGUGCCUCAGCGAUUAUCUGCUUUCUGCACGUGCUAUUCCAUUACGAUGCUAAUUGUAUUUGGUUCUUUUCAGACUUUUCUCAUACAAUCACACUGUAAAAUACUAUAAUAAUCUGAUUACUCGUACAUUCUCGUGGC